AGUCAGUCGCUUCCCGAGCGGGUGGCAGCCGCGUCUCUCCCUUUCUGUCUCCGUUCACACAAUUCGAUCGCCGCGGCGUAAGUAUACAUAAUCGCAGUCGCAUCAGUGUCGUCGUGGCGCGAUGGCUGUCCAGCCCUGAGUGCGCGGAACGAGAGUGUGCUCGCGGCAAGAGGAUAUCCUGUACUUUUUCUUCCGCGGAGAGAGAGAGAGAGAGAGAAAACGUACACAACGAGGCGCGGCGGCGGCGGCGGCGGCGGAUGGAAAGAAGACGGCAAGGGCGCUGCUGCUGCAUGCACGCGCCGCGACGUGUUGGAUCGAUUCCCCUGUCUUGAGUCGAGCUGGCUCUCGCCUCGUUUUUGCGCCUGCUGGACUCUCUCUCUCACUCUCUCACUCUCGUACACCGCUGCUUUGCUACCUUGUGCGAUUGAGAUAUAGCAGUCGAUGAUGGACAACAACUCGUCGCCGCCCUGGGAAAUCAGCAGCGAGCAGUGCAGUCUUGAGAAGCCACGUGGACACAGUGUCAAUCAUCAUCGCCGUCAUCGUCAUCAUGAGAGCUUAUCGUGGAGCACCGGCAUGAACGAGCGAUGACAAGCCUGAUCUUGGAGAACGCAGACUUGAACCGUCUAUUUCCGAAAUGUCGGCCUAGGCUUCACCCGGGCCCCAACCCGGGCAGUAGCAACAGCAGCAGCAGCAGCAGCAGCAGAAGCAGCAGCAGCAGCAGCAGUGCAGAAGAGCACGCCGCGGUGGUGGUGAGCGCGACGACGACGACGACGACGACUCCGCAUGACCAUCAGCAGUCUCGAGCUACGGUCUACCGGGAGGUCCUCGUCGCCGAAGAGAAGAGCAGCUGCUCAAACGGACGCAUCAUCAGCGCCGCCAACGCGACCGACGACAUGAUCGACCUUGAGCGCGACACCUCGGACAGGUGCAGUAGUAGAAAGCGAACCAAUGGAAGGAAAAAGUCGAGCUCGAUGUCUCGCCGGCAGGCGAGCUUCCCUGACUCGGGUAACGCGUGUGCCGAUGGAGCCGGUUCGACAAGCCACGUCAAGCAGCAGCAGCACUCGUCGUCGAGCUCGUCGUCGGCAUCGGGUCGCAGCGAAGACGUCCCCGGACACUACGGUAGCGACCAGCAGGCCCAGUCUCAGCAGGACGACAGCGGCACCGAGGAGAGCCCUGUCUACAUACUCACCUCCGCCAAGGGUGACCGCAGCUACAAGCUGCGCGAUUCUAGAAUCAUAGAGAUAGCUGGCGGCCGGGAAGUUUUUUCACAGAGCCGAGGCAAAGUGGCAGCUCGCAAACCACGGUUCCUCGCUGCCUCUAACUCACUUACCAAUGAUGACAGUCAGUCGGAUAACAAGUUGUCAUUGAAGAAAAAUAACAAAUCUCCUAACAGACAGAGUGUUUGGGAGUUGAGAAGUCGGGCUGGAGAGACAAGGAGACAGCGAUUGCACAGAGAGGUAACUGAAACUGUAUUCUCCAGUGAAGUGCACUCUGUGCGUAGAAACACCAGCAAGUCAAUUCUGGACUACAACUCACCCAAAAGCAAUCGCAGCAACCGCCUCAUCAAUUAUGAUUCGAUAUUGAACAGCAACAAUGUGGAGCACAAUGUGGCCGGGCCCAAGAGCAUUACAGACCUUGAGUAUGGACUGCCCAAGAACUGCAUAGACUCUUUGGGCUAUCAGUCAUCGAAUCACAACGCGACGUCUGGGCGUAACAUGGCUCUGGUAAGCGACGGUGAGGUCGUCGUCUUCGACGACAUAGACGACAACUGGCAGAACCUCAGGCUCGAUCUUGGGCCCUCUAGCAACGCGACGACGUCGCAACAGCAGUCCCACGGUGCCUCGGCUAUAGCUGACGAUGACCUACUCCUGCAGUCACAUCAUCAUCAACAGCAGGGUAGAACACCGCCUGAGCCCCUCAGUUCUAGCAUUUGCAGCAGUCCUAGUCCAACUACUACGUAUCACCGCAAUUCUUCCGACUUUUUCAAGGUAAUAACGCCGGCGAGCGACUGCGAGGCUGACUUCCCGUCGGCGGAGAUGAAUCACAAAGGCUCGUCGGCGGCUCGAGUUAUCGGCGAGCUGCCGAUCGCACAAUACUCGGGCAGCCCGCGGCGUUACGGCGUCCGCGAAAACGUGCGGCUGCCCAGCCUCUUGUCCUCGCCAUCGUCAGUUUACGUAGCGCCAAGACCGGGCUUCCCACAACGAGUUCUGCCCACGACGCCCAGUCAAAAGGAGAAGGAUGAGAACUGCAGCGAGAUACUAGUAGAGAGCAAUGCUGUGAUAGAGUCGAGCGUCCUCGCGCAUUUGGACGAUGCGCUGGCGAAUAUUGGUGUGACGACAACAGCGGCGACGACAACGACGGCUUCCUCGCCUAUGUCAGGCAAUAACAGUUGCUAUGGAGUUACGUCAACGACAACACCACCAACGACGAUAACACUGAACUCAUCAAUGGCACCUAUCUCUUCAGUGAAUCUUUCGUCGUCGCCGAUACGCCGACUCGCUGAAGAGGAUGAGGACGAGGAUGACGAAGAUGAGGAUGAUGAUGAUGACGAAGAGCAACAUAGACGGACGAAUGCUGGUGUUACAGACAGGGCCGGAGCCGUUAGCAGCGCCGAUAGUCCUCUAAAGCCGUUUACCUUGCCGGGCGAUAAUCUCAGUAGUCUCGAAUCUCUUGGUGGAAGUACUUUUGACUAUCUCUACGAGUUCUCCGAGACGAGAAAGGUGCUUGAAGAGUUCUUCAAGUGUCCGCCACCCGCUGAGGAGAAGGAUCCUAGCGAGACUUUUCCCUUUCAGGAUCUUGAUUAUGAACUGCGUCGACAAGGAGGCAGCGCGUACGUGGGCCAGCGUCUAGCUAGCGUGCCCCAAACGACGGAAGAAGUAGUGAUGGUACACGAGUCACCGAAAAAGCACAAAUCGGAACUUCUGUCGUCACAGACCGAGCACGAAAACAACUUCUUGGAUCUGUCAGUUGGCACUGGUAGUAGCGAAGAUCUCGGCGAGACUGAGGUCGGUCUACAGGUCGGCCAUUCGCGCAACUUCACUCUCAGUCCUGAGACGACCGAGUGUGAUAGCAACUGCGGUGACCUCGACAGCGAGAUGUCUCUCAUGAUGAUGGACAACGAGCUGCUGCCGGCCAGCGGUCUUCUCGGUUCGGUUGGUGAUCUUGGCAACAACAGCGACUCUCUUAGGAUAUACACAAGCAUGCCAGUACUGGAGGACGGCUUAUCGAGCGGCCACGCAAGUGACACCGACAACAACAAUCCUACAGUUAUGCUGAUGAAACGUCAGAUCAACGAGAUCGAAAAGGAAAUCAUCCAGAGGACGCGAAACGAUAUGCUUAGCACCGACACCAACGACAAUGCAAAAGACGUUAGCCUCAGGCUGCAGACAGCAUCUCCGGAGCUGUUCAUCACGAAGAAGGAGAAUUCGUACGAUACGACAAGCGAGCUACAGCUGGAUGGCCUGGACCCGCUGGGUACGCCACCUCCACCGGCACCUCAAAGCCGGCAAGAGCAGGGUGGCGAGGUCGAGGCAGCCAUUAAGGACAUCAGGAUGGCAUUGCAGCGAACGAAAACUCUGCCUGUCAAAUCGCCAAGCGAGGAACCGCCCGAGCCUAGCGUCAGUCCCAUUUGGAUACCCAGUCUGUUGGACGGCAGGCGGAGAAUCUGCACGGAAAGCAACAGCGAGGACUCAGAAGUCGUGCGACGCAAACCAGACGACGCGGAUCUCGAGGCUGAAGAAGCGGCUGACGAGGAGGAAGCGGACACCGACCUCGAGACCGACCGACUGCUCGGCCAGCAAAGAACUGAUGACCAGGGCUUCUACGACGAUAAGGGCUGGCGUAAGCCAAAGACGCGGACGCUGCUGCCAAGCGGCACCUCCAGCUCCGCGACGGCCAACAACAACAAUAACAACAAGACUUCGGUGGUGUCGAGCGUCUCUGUGAAGCCGGCCACACCGGCCAAGCCUCCUACAAGCCUCUCCCUGGUCAUCGAACCCCUCACGGCCGAACCGACGCAGCCGGUGCAGCAGCAGCAGGUAUCCUCAAAUUCCCCGGCUACCGGCACCGCAUUGUCCGAAGUCACCAGCCCGGAGCAACAACAGCAGCAGCCAGGUGUAGGCGCUGGUAGUCCGCUGGACAAGGCUCAGGCGACGACCUCGCCAAUCGCCAAAAAUUCCCCCUCGUCCCCGCGAAGCCUCAAGGAGCCCGUCAGUAAGGUGAAAAAGGACAAGGAAGGAAAGAAGAAGAGUAGAAACAAGGAAGCGCUACUGGACGACCCAUCAGUGCUCAUAGAAGGUGUGCUCUUCCGGGCGAGAUACCUCGGCUCGACGCAACUUGCCUGCGAGGGUCAGCCCACCAAGUCUACGAGGAUGUGCCAGGCUGAGGAGGCUGUCUCCAGGAUAAAGCCCCAGGAUGGCCCGAGCUCCCCCCUCGACAUCCAGCAAUCACCGCAGCAAGUACCACAACAAGUACCGGCCCCGCCACCUCCGCAACAAGUACCACUGCCACAGACACAAGACCAAUCGUCCUCGUCGUCUUCUCGUAAUAACGUCACCAGCGCCGCAUACGUAGCCGCCAGAUGCAACAGUAGCCUGACGUCCCAGGAUGAGGAAGAGGAAUGCGACUCUAGCGAGGAAUUGAUGGCUGGCGAAGCUCAGGUCGCUGUUCAACCUAGACCCAAGCCACAACAACAACAGGGUCUUGCCUCAGCUGACCCAACGGUCUUCAGACUCCAGUUUCUUGGUUCGGUUGAGGUCGAAGAAGAGAACGGACGUAAGCGCCGUAAAAGACUCAAGAAACAUAUGGUUGAGGAGGCCGUCACCAAGAUCAAGGCUCUGGCACCAGACGGCGAGUCACAACCCAGUACAGAAGUGGACCUGUUCAUCUCGACAGAGAAGAUCAUGGUGUUGAAUACCGACCUGAAGGAGAUUAUGAUGGACCACGCGCUGAGAACGAUAUCCUACAUCGCAGACAUAGGUGAUUUGGUCGUGCUGAUGGCGCGGCGAAGAUUCGUGCCUCACGAAAUGGACGAGGCUCCGAAGAAUAGGACUCCUAAGAUGAUCUGUCACGUGUUCGAGAGCGAGGAGGCGCAGUUCAUCGCGCAGAGUAUUGGGCAGGCCUUCCAGGUGGCUUACAUGGAGUUCCUCAAGGCUAAUGGUAUUGAAGAUCACAGUUUCGUAAAGGAAAUGGAUUAUCAGGAGGUUCUCAACUCACAGGAGAUCUUCGGAGAUGAACUGCAGAUGUUCGCUAAGAAGGAAAUGCAGAAGGAGGUGGUAGUACCAAAAGCCAAGGGCGAAAUCCUGGGCGUAGUUAUCGUAGAAUCUGGCUGGGGUUCGAUGCUGCCGACAGUAGUUAUAGCCAAUCUAGCACCAGCAGGUGCAGCUGCGCGCUGUGGUCAACUCAACAUCGGUGACCAGAUAAUCGCAAUAAACGGCGUGUCGUUGGUAGGUCUUCCUUUGUCCACCUGCCAGACCUAUAUCAAAAACUCGAAGAACCAGACGGUCGUGAAGCUGACGGUGGUUCCUUGUGCCCCGGUUGUCGAGGUCAAGAUCAAGAGGCCCGACACCAAGUAUCAACUAGGCUUCAGUGUGCAGAACGGCGUUAUCUGUAGCCUGCUACGCGGUGGUAUUGCCGAGAGGGGCGGCGUCCGGGUCGGACACCGAAUCAUUGAGAUCAAUAAUCAGAGCGUCGUCGCCGUGCCCCACGAGAAGAUCGUCAAUCUACUCGCUACAUCCGUUGGCGAGAUCCUAAUGAAGACGAUGCCCACGUCGAUGUUUAGGCUGUUAACGGGCCAGGAGUCACCGGUGUACAUAUAAAUAAGAGGAAGCGAGAAAGAAGCGCGUUCAGUAAAAACCUGGCCGUUUUACUGGCAGUGAACAGACAAUACAUCCGCCACCCACCAGCAGCAUCGUCGAGUGCACGAGCGAGGAGUACACUAUAGACAAGCGCAAAAGAGCGUAAAGUAACGAUAAUACGUAAACGUUAAUAGCUCUUGCGAUACGAUCACCACACCCUGAAUAACCUAUGACUAGGCAAUAUUAUAAUUAUCAUGAGUAUGUGUGAAUCGGUCUGUCAACUGGAAUUCUUUCGCACGCGUCUCACUUCCGACAGGGCACCGGGUGUAGAACGUUUUUUUUAUGAUUCAUCUGGGUGCAUUUCCUCUCGCGCUGCUUCGCGAGCGAGCGCGGCAUCGGAACGGGCAGCUUAGCAUUUUUUAUCGUAAUAAGACUCAAACAAAAAUAAACUUCAUGUGUGCACUGAAUUUCGCUUGCUUCAAGCCGUUAAAGUUAAACUGAAGAGUUUUUGCGAGCUUCUGGCGCGAAAUCGUUUGGCCAAACCGGUGCUGCCUUCGUUCGUCUUGGUGCCUGAAUAUUGAUUUAAAAAAGAAACACAGAAUUCGUACUGACGAGGGCAGUGAUUGGCUUUGCGACCGAGCGAGCUUUAACAUUCUCGACAGUUUUGAAUCUUGCGAGAGGAAUGCUCCUCAUAUAAAGCACAACAGGCAUCUCAAAGAUGCUGCACACAUAUACACGUAUUAAACGAAGAAACGAGAUUCAUAGAAAAUUGAAAAAAAAAACAAAUUAAUGAAUCAACCCAAAAUAAUCUGCGAAAUAAUGCCACCGUCGUCGGUCAUGCGCGCGCGCACACAAAUCACGCAUAGACGAACCCAGGAAAGAGAUGACGGAUGAUGUUUACAAGUACGAUGUAGCGUGCGAAAGAAAAAAAAACAAAUCACGUAAAAUGAAAGAGGAUAAAAAAACAUGCACAUGAUUAUAAAUAGCACAAAGCUCCCGAAUAUUAAUUUGAGCGGGGCUGGAACUGUAUAUUAUUAUAAACGUACAUUAAAGAUUUAAAUGAUACGAGAGAAACGAGAAAAUAAGACACGUAUAACGCUCGACGGUAAGCGUGUCGAGUAGAGGAGGGACAGGGUUUAGUCACCUCCGCACCUUUCGUAUCGGAGACCCUGUUUGUCAUCCUUGAAGUGUAUUCCUUAUCGUUCGAGUAUCCCUUAUCUAAAGAAACAAAUAAAUUCUUUCUCCUGCAGAGAAGACAAUUGGGGGAAUAAAUAAAUAAUAGUAUUAAGAUGAAAAAAAGAAGUAUAUACUGAUUAAGCGUCGCUUGGGAUACGCGAUUGCCCGAACUUCUCUUAUUGAUUUGUACUAAUAUUAAUAUAUAAAUAUAUAAAUAUAUUGACGCGCAAGACUCGUCGCGAUUGUCAUUAUUAUUGCACGUUGAAAUCCGACUGUAUAUCUAGAGAAAAAAAGAGGACAACAAAGAUUUGCGUGAACGAGCUGUGAAGGUCGGCGAGAUGUGCGACCAUUAAUUGUUACAAUGCUUUGUUUCUGUUUAUUUUUACUCAUUCUAAUUUACUAUAAAGAUUGGGAUCUUUGGGAUGUGAAAAGUGCGCUAUUGGUCAGCAGAUCAAAAGUUGAAAAAUUCGAUUGUAUGUCAUAACUGUCAAGUAUUGAGAAAUAAUUAGAUAUGUUAUAGCUCGUACCGCUAAGAUGCCCUUAUGAGGGCAACUAAUAUUUGUACGCAGUAACUGUACACUGUGUAGAUUCCGACGAUAUGUGCGUGGCGUCGGUCUUCACAGCACGGUCUACCUUCAAAAUGUAUAUCGUUACAAAGGCUUCGUCUCGGAGAGACGCCGCGAAGGGCAAAAGAGUCGCGCAAGCGUAGAAAAUUAGAGAGCAAGGAGAGAAAUAUAAGAAAACUAAAAAUAAAAACAAAAUCGAAUACUCGAUGAGCCAUCGCUUAGGAGCCGCCGCCACUCUCCUGUGUAUCGUUUUAACGAGGUGUAAUAUCCAAGUUUUAUCUAUUUUUGCUGACGACUUUUCGACUCUUGAGCUAUUCCGCUUUAAAUAUCGAGAAAUACCAAAAAUUAAAUAAAAAGGAUAAAUGCUAAAUAAUGUAAGAGAAAGAGCAGGAUAAGAGGGAGGAAGUGAGGGCGAAAGGAAUAAAGCAAGUAUUAGAUUAAAGAAGUGGCGAAGGGAGAAGAAAAACGCCAGAUGUAAUGUGCGCCCAACGGGAAGUCCUUGGCGCCCAAGUAUCCUAGCGUUAUUACCCGUAAGAAAAGCUUUAAUGUUCUGUGUUUGCGCCAGUCACUAUGCAUCGAUGAAGAAAAAACUUUUGUGACUGUUGACUAUUUUUACGAGACAAUCAUCUGAAACAGCGAUUGAUUUGUUCGAUUACACUAUUUUGAAUUUUGCGGGAAGGAACGGAAAAGUGAAAAUUUCUGUAUCAUGCGUACCGAAGUCGUUUUCUGAAGGUUCGAAAACAUUUUUCUAAGAUCUGUAAAACUGCUACCGAGAGCUUUCUUACAAUGACUUCUGCAGUAUACCGAGUAUGUAUAUAUACAAAGAAUAUAUACAAAGAAAAAGGAAAGCUUAGACGAGUAUAAUUUUCAGUGCACGAAAUUCAAGUCAAACGAAACUGGGCAAGGGAUAUGGAUCUGAAUAACAAUUUUGCAUUUAUUUGCAAAAAAAACUAAAACAAAACUGCUAUCGAUUUGUUACACUUUUCUCUCGUCGCAAUUCAGCGAAGUGCACUCGAGCUUCAAAAAGCAGUUCAGGUCCUCAUCUCCGAUGCAUGUAUACGUUUAAAGCCGGUGAACUUUGGCGUGGAGGACUUCCCGUUCCUCGCCAACAAUAGGGCGCCGCGAUAGGCGUUACAAUGGGAUCAAACAAGAUGUACAGUCUCGGGAGUGGCACAAGUCUUAAAUCUAGUCAUUAAACGCUGUAAGAGUCAACGAGGGAGACGGCCGAUUAACUCAGAAUACUCACGCGACACACUCCGACUGACUUCAUCUCCGGAAAUCAACGACGUUACAGCAAGUGCGGCUGCUGCGAAAACACCGAUCGGCGUACAUCGUUAUUUCAUUAAAAAACGUUUUGUUGUAACUGUCGCUUUCUGUAACUUCUAGGAACCAAGCGAUAUCAUCAGCCUAGCGAUUCGCGAAAAACGUUUUUCAUUCGUUUCUUGAAUACCAGUCUGAAAAUAUUGACAAAUGUUCCUCGAAAAGAAGAAAGAUACUGUGUCCUUAAUAUCGGUUUGCGUAGACCCAUUAAUGUUAAAGAGUUUGAUUGUGAAUUUGGUAGGCCCAAGAUUUCGUUGACCGGAAUAUACUACACGUGGCUCGAACGGGCAUUUUUUUAUACGCGAUUACGUUAAUGUAGGUUCGACGUCGGCGUUACUGGGACUGUUAUAAACAAAGAUACUUUUGCAUAAACGAUUCGUUAGAUCAGUAUAGAAUCAUCUUCGAGUAAAAUUUACCAACAGUUCCAGAUAAGACAGCGUUCCGUACGUCGUUAUAGGUUCUUUUUCUACGUUGAUCGUAUGUACAAUUUAUAAUCGCCAGCCUGUGAAUAUGUAACAAUUGUUUCCCUUAAUUCGUUCGUCCUCGCGAAAACCGCGCAAUUAUUCCCGCGUAUCACUUUCUCGAAGCGCGCAUUUAAAGAAAGAUAUUCGCUUUUUCAUCCAAACACACUCACCCGCGACACUCGGUUUUUUACGUUUCUAGGCUAAGCAUAUUAAAUACAAAUACAAGCAUCUUGGUGAAUUCGCGCGCUUUUUUCGAGGACCAUUCGUUGUUUUCUCGUAGCUAAUUAUCUACACUCCCUAUAGUAAGUUUAGUAAAUUAAAAAAGUAGUAGCGAGCGCCGAGAAUACGGACCGAUGUAUAAGUGUGUAAAAAGGAGGGAAGCUUCGACUGCGUUGUGAGAGACGAAUUAUUGCGAAAAAAGAAAGAUAGACAAAGAAAAUCUGAGACUGUGUAAACUGAAAAAUCGUUCAAUAUAGUGCUUUUUGCGAGUUAACGAUAAUAAAUGUUAUAACAAGCGGUAAACAUACAAGGGCCAUAGAAAAAAAGACGAGCUUUUUGCAUCGACUUUAAUUGCAUACGACACAUGGCAUACAGGUGCACAAGUUUCUUAAAGAGAACACAUGCAUAACGUAACCGUAACCACGCUAAAUUGAACGGCGGAAAUUGAUAAGCUGUAAUCGUGUGUACUGAUGAUCUAUAGGUACCGAAUGCGGGAUAGAAAGAAAAAUGCGAGUUUGCCCACUUGUGCGAUAUGCGAGUAAUGGGCGCGGAGAAAUAAUUAUAUAUAUACAUAAACUUAUACAUAAAAAAAAACUAGAGCUUGUGCUGGUAGCUUCGAAGUCAUGACACAUUCUCAGAGAUACACGCAUAAUACAGCAGAUGGAAUAAUUAAAAAAAGGACACAACCACAAAGCAGGCUACGAGGAAAAAAAUAUCAUGACUAUCUUUAUCAAUGUUUGUGAAUGUAUUAUAAGUUACGGUUAACAAGUAAGCGAGCUAUUGAAUGUGUAUAUGGUAAUACUAUACUAGUCCAUACAAAAACAACAAUAAACUGUAAUUUUGAACUCAAA